CAUACACUCUCAAAGACAGUCUCACACACAACACACAAAACACAAACAGUCAUUUAUUCAAGAAGAGGCGCCAAUUAAAACCCACACAAAAAAACAAAACAAACCCUAACACACACAAAAAAAAGACAGACACAGAGAGAGAGUGUGUGUGUUUUUGUCAAAGUAGAACACUGCCAUUUCAGAAAUUGUUUCUGGGUUUUGUGAUUUAUGGGUUUUUACUUCUGAAAGUUAAUUUCUUAUUAGAAAAAGAAAAAAAAAAUGUCAGAAAUGAGAGUCGGUGAUCCAAGCAAGCUCCACUUGAAGAAGAAGGAGCUAACUCAAAUCCGAAAAGCAGCUCGUGUUUUACGCGAUCCAGACACUACUUCUUCUUGGAAAAAAUCCCCUCUCAAUUCCUCAAGAUCUGUACCAUUGUCAUUACCACGACCACCAAAUGCUGUUUCUACUUCUCCUUUAAACUUGUUACACUCUGAUCACUUCCAGUAUUCACUAAACCACAAUACCAAUGGCAAGGACAAGAAGGUCUUUCUCUACAACUGGAAGUCCAACAAAUCAUCGGCUAAGAAUGAUGUUGAUGAUGAAGAUGAAGAUGAAGAUGGGGAUGAAGAGAACGAUGGGUCUUCUUCCUUUCAGUGGAGUGUUGAUGAUAGCUUAAGCGAUGCCAGGAAUGGUGGGGACUCAAAGAGCGAUACCCGUUCUUCCAUUUUCAGACGCAGAGAUGCAAAUCUGGUUUCAACUUCAGCCAAAAGGCUCGCCGCCAUUAAGAGGAAAAGUAAGAAAACUAAUACCCAUCUCGAUGUUUUAGCUAGAUAUCAACUUAAAGAUGUUAACUUUGGUAGAAAUUCAAAAAAUUCGAUAAAGGGUCAUCCUUCUAUGGCAUUAAGCCAAGAUGACUCAGUUGAGCAAUCUGAUGAUACUGAAUACAGUAAUUCAGAAGAUUUGAGGCCGAUUUCCGGGGCUUCCCCUUUGCUUUUGAAGCUUAAGAGUAGGAAUUGGCCUCACUCCUCGGCUAAGUUCUUGAGAAGUAGUUUAAGAGAGGAUAACUCUUCAUAUUCGUAUAGUACACCUGCAUUGUCGACUAGUUCUUUUAAUAGGUAUCGUAAUCGAAACCCGAGUACUGUUGGGUCUUGGGAUGGCACCACAACAUCAAUGAAUGAUGGGGAUGACGAGGUGGAUGAUCAUUUGGAUUUGCCAGGUCGCCAGGGGUGUGGGAUUCCUUGUUAUUGGUCAAAGAGAACACCGAGACAUCGUGGUGGUGAUUGUGGUAGUUGUUACUCUCCUUCUCUUUCUGAUACUAUAAGGAGGAAAGGAAGUAGUAUCUUGUGUGGCAGUCAAGCAAUGUAUCAUAGUCGACGUCGAUCAUCAUCACGUUCCAACAAGCGGAGUAUUGCUGCGAAAAGUGCCCGGGGUGUUCUCCCAUUGCUUUCCGAUAGUGGUAAUGGCAGAGGAGGCUCAUCUAUAGGAACUGGGAGGAGUGAUGAUGAACUCUCUACUAACUUUGGGGAGCUUGAUUUGGAGGCUUUGAGUAGAUUGGAUGGAAGGAGGUGGUCGUCCAGCUGUAGGAGUCAAGAAGGAUUAGAGAUUGUGCCUCUUAAUGAGGAAGGGGAAGAGGAAGGCACACCAGAAAAUAUAAAGAGUUUUAGUCAGAAGUACAAACCCAGGUUCUUUGAUGAAUUGAUAGGGCAGAAUAUUGUGGUUAAGUCACUUAUAAAUGCAAUUACGAGGGGUCGGAUUGCCCCUGUUUAUCUUUUUCAAGGUCCCCGUGGGACUGGAAAAACAUCAACAGCCAGGAUUUUUGCUUCUGCCUUGAAUUGUCUGGCUCCUGAUGAAACUAAACCAUGCGGCUACUGUAGUCAAUGCACCGAUUUCAUCUCUGGCAAGAGUAGGGAUCUAUUGGAAGUUGAUGGAACCAAUAAGAAAGGGAUUGAUAGAGUUAGGUACCUAUUGAAGAAACUAUUGGUGAGGCCCCCCUUAAACUUCUCAGGAUACAAGGUAUUUGUUAUUGAUGAGUGUCACCUGUUAUCCUCUAAGACAUGGCUGGCAUUUCUCAAAUUUCUUGAGGACCCACCACAGCGAGUUGUGUUCAUACUAAUAACAACUGAUCUUGACAAUGUACCCCGUACUGUACAAUCGCGGUGUCAGAAGUACCUUUUUAACAAAUUUAAAGAUGGUGAUAUUGUAGCCAGGUUGCAAAACAUUUCUACCAAUGAGAACCUGGAUGUUGAAUCAGAUGCUUUGGAUUUGAUUGCUUUGAAUGCAGAUGGUUCACUUCGAGAUGCAGAAACUAUGUUAGAACAGUUGAGUUUGCUGGGGAAAAGAAUUACUACAUCUCUCGUUAAUGAACUUGUGGGAGUUGUUUCAGAUGAAAAAUUACUGGAACUUUUGGAGUUAGCUAUGUCAUCAGACACUGCAGAAACAGUGAAAAGAGCCAGAGAGUUGAUGGACUCUGGGGUUGAUCCAAUGGUUUUGAUGUCUCAACUGGCCAGUCUCAUUAUGGAUAUCAUUGCUGGAACUUACAGUGCCGUUGAUACCACAUGUAGUGAUUCAAUCCUUGGUACACGAAGCUUGACUGAAGCAGAAUUGGAGAGAUUAAAGCAUGCUUUGAAGCUUCUUUCAGAGGCCGAGAAACAGCUAAGGGUUUCAAGUGAACGCUCAACAUGGUUCACAGCAACUCUAUUACAGCUUGGUUCACUGCCUUCUCCAGACUUUGCUCACUCAGGUAGCAGCCGGAGGCAGAGCUGUAAGACAACUGAGGAUGACCGAUCUAGUGCUUCAAGAGAAGUUACUGCAUCCAAGCAGAAGUCAGGUGCUCAAUAUAUGCCACGAAAACCAGCUUCUCCUGCAUCCUUGCACAAAGCAGUAAGUGGCAGUCCCAACCAUCUGGCCGAACUAUUAUCACGGAUUGAUGUUUUCAGUUCCAAUUCCAAGCCAUCACAAAGCCAGUCCGUUGAUGCUGGAGCCUCAGCUUCCUCAUGUGAUGAUGUUAUGGUUGGAAAUAUAAUCUUUAGAUGCAUUGACUCAGAAAAGUUGGAUGAUGUCUGGGCACGUUGUAUUGAGAGGUGCCACUCAAAGACACUGAGGCAGCUGCUUGAUGCUCAUGGAAGGCUUGUAUCUAUAUCUGAAGUUGAAGGUGUUCUCAUUGCUUAUAUCGCAUUUAGAGAUGGAGGUAUUAAAUCUAGAGCAGAAAGGUUUUUGAGCAGUAUCACAAAUGCGAUGGAAAUGGUUCUGAAAUGCAAUGUUGAAGUUAGAAUUAUCCUUUUGCCAGAUAAUGAGGCUUCCAUAAAUGGUGUAAAGCUGCUUGAGUUACCAGAAGGUCUGAAGAAGGCAGAAACAGCUCUAGCAAUUGACUGGGAAAGGAAGGUAGUUCACACAAAUGCAAUGAAUGGUUUUUCUAAUCAUUCUCCAUUGCUGGAUGGAACCAAUCAAUCCACCUCUGGUUCAUCAGAGUUACAGGCUAAUGGCAACAGUCAAACCAGUGGUGUGAGAGAGAGGAAACAGGAGAUUCCAAUGCAGAGAAUAGAAUCCAUUAUUCGUGAGCAAAGGCUAGAGACUGCCUGGUUACAGGCUGCAGAGAAAGGCACACCGGGAGCAUUGAAUCGUUUGAAACCUGAGAAGAAUCAGGUUCUGCCUCAAGAAGAUGGCAUAUAUUCUCAAGAUCAAAUGGACAUUAAUUCAACUGUGCUCUCCUCUCAGCACCGGGAAGAUGAAGAUGAAUUAAAUCGUGAACUCAAAGUUUUGAAUAUUAACAAUGAAAUGGUCCUCCAGAAGAAAGAAAAUGGUAGAAGGAUUGAUCAUUUUCCCAUGUCCCCAAGUUUAUUGCAUAAUAACAUCUUAGCAAGCAAUUCCAGUAGAGAUAACCUGGGAUAUGAAUCAGCAUCAGGACCUAGAGGUUGUAGUGGAUUUUUCUGUUGGAAUGAGACCAAACCUCACAAGAGGGGAAUGGUUAAAGGGAACCUUGUUCGACCACACAAAGGUGGACGAUUUUCAUUGUUUGGAAAUUGCAGGAGGCCAAAGAAAACAGAGAGCAGAUCUAGAACGAUAAAUGGGAGAAUUUUGUAGUUUGGAGUUUCAGAUCCAAUGUUUAUUUUCGUUACAUUUUUUUUUUUUUUUGUAUUUAUUUUUACACUUGAGAGCCAUUCUUCAAGGGUGUGAGCGAGAAGGAAACAUGCUAUGUAAAGGUUUUGUGGUUGGCUUCUGCAUUUUUCAGCUCCAUCCAGAUUGUAUGCAAUUAAUAAAGGAGGACAGUGGAUGCUUAAAUUA